CUCUCUUCUUCGUUCCCGGGCACUCGGAAUUCUGAUUUUUGAGAGCCCAACCGGCUCGUCGGCGCUCAAAUCUCCCCUACCACGUCUCGCCACCGCUCCGCAAUGGAGGAUAACGCCGGCAAAGCCGGCGGACAAUGCCAGGCGCACGGGUGGAAUUCGUACCCCCUUUCGCUCCCUUCCCAGCCGCCGGACAUCAAGAACUGGUUCUCGAGCUACGAGUAUGAGUCACCGGAGGUUCCGGAGCUUGGUGCUGAUCCUGCCAUCGACAACGGCAGCGAGACCCAAGACCCAUUUGAGCACCCGAUAUUCAAACAUUCUUUCCGGGAUGAUGGUGUCGAUUUGAGGGAAAAUUGUUUGGGAGACCAAUCUAAGCCUGAGGUUUUUGCUGGAAAAUAUUUAGAUCCGGUUAAUAAGAGUGAAACGAAGCCUGCCCCAAAAAGGAAGCAAAGUCUUCGGGCACUGUUUGGAGCGGGUUUUCUUGAUAAGGGUGAGGAGGCCACUGAAAUUGAAAGGCAGAAUUUGUUGCCUCUGCACAGAAAUGCACCGGAGCCUUUGUCAGAUUACACAACAAACUUACCUGAUACUACUAAACAAAGCCAGGAAGGGUCAGCUGAGCACAGCAAUUUGCUGGCAGAUUGUGAUGGUAUUAGUUCAGUUGACACUCAAGAAAGCACCCCUGAAGAUCAGGAGGUUGAGUGCAGUAAACAGUCUGUUGAUUGUGAUGAUGCACGUUUGGCUAAUAUUGAUAUUGGAAAAGGCUUAGCAGAACAUGUCAUCCACCAAGUUGAACUGCCACUCAAUUUCAACGGUGCCAAUCUAACUGGCACUGAGAAAAACAUCCAAGAUGGUGUGGAGCACAGCAUACGUCCUGUUAGUCGCAACAAUUUCAGUUUAGCUGACUCUGAAGAGAAUUCCCCGCUAGAGGAAACUCGGCGCUGCAAGCUUGCAUUGGACAGUAGGCCACAUGAAACAGUGGCAUCAGAUGGUUUUAUAGCUGUCAAGAAAAAGGAGCGCCGUCCCGAUGAAUGCAAAAUGAACAAAAUUCCUAGACACCCAAUGGGGAGAGAGAAGGGAAAAGGAGAAUUACAAGAGAACAACAACAGUUUGGAGCAGAAGGCUUUGGUCCAAGAGCAAACUAGACGUCCCUUAGCUGACAGAACUAAUUUUCCUGGAGUAGCUGCAGCAGCCCCGGCGCAAGAGGUCAGCAAGAAAUGGAAGUGCCCUCGCAAAGGCAAGCCCUUUGUUGGUCGUCCACUAAAGCAACUCCGGUUGGAACAGUGGGUUCGCCGAAUGAAUUGACACUUCAACAUUGCCAACUUGGUCAGGAGAGUACCCAUAAUCAGGUAGAAGCCCAGAGUUUCUGAUUUAGCAGUUUGGACCUUGUUUGAUAACUUUUUCAGCUCUACCAGCCUGUAGAUGUGCAUGUAGACCAUUUUUACCUCCGUUGCAAUGUUUGUGCUACUCCAUUUCGCAUGUUUCGUAGCACAGGUGUAUCUGCAGGGCACUCAAAUUGAGACGAGCUUCUAGGACAGUCGUCAUUUUCUGGGAAUAAUAUUUUAGAUAAAAAUCUGUGAA